UCCCGCCCCCACCUGACCAGGAAGAAGCUGUCGUUUGGACCCCACGCCUCCUCUGCUGAUGGCGUGUUUGGAGCAACCUGUCUGCCUCUUUUCCCACGUGUAGUCCAACCUGCUGCUGUGUCUCUGUCUGUUGAGUGUAGUUUUAACCAUGUCUGUAGCCAGGACGUUUUUUAAAGUGUUUGUGUUCACCGCAGUCUCCGUCCUGGCCGUGCUGCUGCUGCGGCAGUGGAUGGCCACCAAGCAAUACGUUUUCAACAAAGAAGACAUCGCCAAAUUGGCCAAACAGUACGCAGGACAGGACCAUGAGCAGGCCUUCUCCAAAGUGGUGGUGGAGCUCAGGAAGAGGUAUCCUGGCCACAUUCUGCCAGACGAGGACCUGCAGUGGGUGUUUGUGAACGCCGGAGGUUGGAUGGGCUCCAUGUGUCUCCUCCAUGCCUCGCUCACAGAGUACCUGCUGCUGUUUGGUACUGCAGUGGACACAGGAGGACACUCAGGUCGUUACUGGGCUGAGAUUUCUGACACCAUCAUAUCCGGCACCUUCAGACAGUGGAAGGAGGGGACAACAAAGAGUGAAAUAUACUACCCUGGUGACACCAUCGUACACAGUGUAGGCGAGGCCACGUCGGUCCAGUGGAGCGCCGGGACGUGGAUGGUGGAGUACGGCCAAGGUUUUAUCCCGUCCACGCUGGGGUUCGCUCUGGCAGACACCCUGUUCAGCACACAGGACUUCCUCACAAUGUUCUACACCGUACGCGUCUACGUCAAGGGUCUGCUGCUCGAGGCUGGUACGCUACUCACAGAGGCCGGAGUUUUCUGAGGCCUCGGAUCCCCCAUGCAAGGACAGUGACAUCAAAAAAAUUCUCCUUGUCAUCGCAAGCCAUUUUACCCCGGACCACAACAAUCUAGCAUUUGGGUAAACUCCUGUGCUAGAUCACUUACAGUUCACAUAUUUGUACCUGGACUUGUAGACAAUUCAAAUUUGCAUCAGUACGGUUGAUCACAUCUACAGUCAUGUUCUUGCCCCUCAUUAACACAAUCCAAAAGAAAGUGUUUGAGUCUCUUUCACUUUUACCCUGUCACAUUAAACUGCAUCAACAGCAGUGCAACAUUUACCACUCACUUAAAGGCUAUACGGCUCACUAAAAUACUAACACCCAAGAACAAGAGAACAAGUCAUUCUGAAUCACGCCGUAGCCCGCCGCCCUCUACACAGUGAGAGCUCAAACUGCAGACACAGUUAGUGAGGUCUUAAGUACCCAUAAAACACGGCGUCUGUAUUUUUAUAGGAUCUGGCUUAAAGAAUCGAGCUUCAUCGGCGGUUUUCACAGGUAGUUUACAGUCUUGCCAAAUCUGAGAUUCUUCUGGAAGUAAUUUAUUACCAGGCUUUUGAGUAUUGACUCUUUUAGCAACCAACCACUUAUAAAAAUAAAUACUGACUAUUAAAAUGCUGAAGCUGUGAUAUGAAAACUUGCUGUUGACCGUCAAAUGUAGGGCUCAAGGAAUUACUUUAAAAACAAAUAUGCAAUGCAAUUUGGCUUGGAAAAAAAAAAGAUUGAACUAUAUAAAGCAAAGCCAAAACCACUAUUUUCUUAGUAAAUACCCAUUUCAUAUUUAUAUGCAUGUGGACUCUAAGUAAACCAGGUUCUUAACGAAGAUCUAACUUAAACCAUUCACAGAAACCAAAGUCAAGAAGUACAGGCUUAAUGUGUAAGGGUUCAGUCAUUUUUGGGAGAGGUUUAUUCACUAAAUCUAAUCACAUUUGUAGCCCUACGAAUUAUUUUCAAACUGAAAAGAAAUUGUACACCGCAUACUGGUGCUGGUAAACAUCCACAGAUAUGUCUUUGGAGAAAUGUAGGGGUGCCUUUGAAAUGUAAUUCUAUGUGGCUAAGUAGAUGGAAGAGAAGCACUGCUGUUCUGUACUUUAGACCUCUGACGUGUUAUACUGUAAUAUACACAUCUCAUUAAUCCAUUUAAUGGGAUGGAUUGAAUUUGUAAACUGCAUCUGAAAUAUUUCAGAGCGCUUUAAGAGCUUAAAUAGAGUUGGUACAAUCAUUUUGAAAAUGUAACUGCAGAGAGAAACUUGAAUCAUUUUGUGCUCCGAGUAAGUGAGACUACUUGGCUACAGUGGUCUCAGCCUCCGUUCAUUGUCUGGAACUUUGCACUAGCCCAACAGGGCAAAAACAAAACACUAUCUACAUGCUUCUGCCUCUACAUUGUAGAAUAACAUUGAGCAGAAAAUCAUUGUCAUUUAGAAUUAUCAUUUGUGUAUUUUACUUGGAAUUGUACUGCACAAGUAAACUGCUGCUGAAUCCACCAACUCCUAGUGUCAACCUUUUUUCAGAUGAAAAAGCCUUAUUUUCAGACUGAUGCCUGAACCAGCAGAGUCACAUAUAGUGUUUAUAUGGAAUUCAAUUAUACUGUAUUAUACUCUACCACCCUACACUGGAGGUAAUUGAUUUAUAUGCAUCAGUAGCAGCAUGGUGUCAUGGAUGGAUGGCAAAAAAAAAA